UUGUGGUAGCAAAGAGUGAUGGUCGUCAUAACUGUUGGACUGUUGGGUUCUGCAGAAGAGCGAUAUCUGGGGGCAUGGAGUUGACCUAUCUUGUCAAGGGUGUGACUGCAGCGGGAGGGGCCGUGGGCGGAGGAGGGAACUCUUGUCAGCUCCCGCGAUUAUCAGACGAGCUCAAGGAUGUCUUGUCAGCAUUCGAGCAGACGUUCGUGGUCGCAGACGCUACUAAACCUGAUUGCCCGAUCUUGUAUGCCAGCGAGGGGUUCUACAAGAUGACCGGGUACACGCCGGCGGAGACCAUCGGGAAGAAUUGCCGAUUUUUGCAGGGAAAGGACACAGACAGGGCAGAGGUUGGUCGACUCAAAAAGGCCAUUAAGGAAGGAAAGUCCUACUGUGGGCGCUUGUUGAACUACAGGAAGGACGGAAAACCAUUUUGGAACCUUCUUACCGUUUCGCCAGUCACAAGUGACGCAGGAAGAGUUGUCAAAUAUAUUGGAAUGCAAGUGGAAGUGACCCAGUACAGCGAAGGAAAAGCAGAAGAACUACAGGGGCCAGAUAGACCCCGGCGAUCAUCACUGAUCAGCUGGGACUCCCGUGCGAAGGACGUUUCAAAGAAGUCGAUUGCUGACAUCGUUGAUGCAGUUAAGGUACCUGUUCGGGAUCCAGAUGCUAUCCAGCCUGUGAAGGGGUAUACCGGUCAGGGUUCCGGCAACAUUCCUCUUUCCCGUGGGUUGGUCAGUCUUCUUCCCGUUCCAGAUGUCAAGCUCGAGGGCGAUCCGGGUACUCAGGAGGAGGCAGAGAGCAGUUCGCGUGCUGCUCUUGAAAAUCUUCAUCCAAGCGGAAAGAAGAAAGGAAAACUUAGAGCUGUCAAGGAAUCUGAACUGGAGGGAAGUAAUCGCUGGGGAGACAAGAAGACAGGGAUCUUAUCUGGGCUCCUUAACUUUGUCUGCAAAGUGAACCAGCAGUAAGUGCUUGAUCCUUUUUUUUUUUUUUUUUAAACCUCCCUUUGGUAAUGCUAGGAGUGCUGAUAGGAGCAGGCACCUCUAGCACACCUGGGCUGGCUCCAUCUGCCCGAUCUCAUCUGGCACAUCAUGCAAGAUGGUGAACUCAGAAAGAAAUGUGUUAAGAGUUUUAAAAAGAUUGAAUCACAUCAACACUCUUGAAUGAAAAUGAGUGUACCUAUGUCCUUGCUGGAUAAAACCAUGUAUAGGACCAGAUGGGCUGACCAGCGCACACCUGUACUUGAAAACAAAUUGGUCAAGAGUUC